GGAAGGUGAUAUGACAUGUCACACUGCCAAUAAAUGCUGGAAAUGUUCUAAAUGUAGGAAAACCUUUGCUUCUAAGAGGAAUUUCAAACAACACAUGAAAAUACACACUGGAGAGAAGCCCUUUGCCUGCUCAGUUUGUGGGCAAAGAUUCUCCCGAAAGGGAAGCUUAAAAAUACACACAAGAACGCACACUGGUGAGAAACCUUUUGCCUGCUCACUUUGUGGUCAAAGAUUCUCCCAAAAGGAUAGGUGUGUAUUUUUAAUACACACAAGAACCCACACUGGUGAGAAACCUUUUGUAUGCUCAGUUUGUGGUCAAAGAUUCUCUCACAAGCGACAUUUGACAGGUCACACAAGAACCCACACUGGUGAGAAACCUUUUUCCUGCUCAGUUUGUGGUCAAAGGUUCUCUGUCAAGAGUUACUUAAAAAUACAUACAAGAACACACACUGGUGAGAAACCUUUUGCAUGCUCAGUUUGUGGUCAAAGAUUCUCCCAAAAGGAAACCUUAAAGAUACAGACAAGAACCCACACUGGUGAGAAACCUUUUUCCUGCUCAGUUUGUGGUCAAAGAUUCUCCCGAAAGGAUAUGUUAAAAAUACACACAAGAACCCACACUGGUGAGAAACCUUUUGCCUGCUCAGUUUGUGGUCAAAGAUUCUCCCGAAAGGAAAGGUUAAAAAUACACACAAGAACACACACUGGUGAGAAACCUUUUGUAUGCUCAGUUUGUGGUCAAAGAUUCUCUCACAAGCGACAUUUGACAGGUCACACAAGAACCCACACUGGUGAGAAACCUUUUUCCUGCUCAGUUUGUGGUCAAAGGUUCUCUGUGAAGAGUUACUUAAAAAUACACACAAGAACACACGCCAGUGAGAAGCCUUUUGCAUGCUCAGUUUGUGGUCAAAGAUUCUCCCAAAAGGAAACCUUAAAAAGUCACACAAGAACGCACACUGGUGAGAAACCUUUUGCCUGCUCAGUUUGUGGUCAAACCUUCUCUCAGAAGGGAACCUUAAAAAGUCACACAAGAACGCACACUGGUGAGAAACCUUUUGCAUGCUCAGUUUGUGGUCAAAGAUUCUCCCUAAAGGAAAGUUUAAAAAUACACACAAGAACCCACACUGGUGAGAAACCUUUUGCAUGCUCAGUUUGUGGUAAAAGAUUCUCUGAAAAGGGACAUUUGACACGUCACACAAGAACACACACUGUCGAGAAACCUUUUGCCUGCCCAGUUUGUGGUCAAAGAUUCUCCCUAAAGGAAAGCUUAAAAAUACACACAAGAACCCACACUGGUGAGAAACCUUUUGCAUGCUCAGUUUGUGGUCAAAGAUUCUCUCAAAGGGGACAUUUGACAGAUCACGCAAGAACACACACUGGAGAGAAACCUUUUUCCUGCUCAGUCUGUGGUCAAAGGUUCUCUCGUAAGGCUCUGGUUAAGACACACAAGUGUCCUGGUGAGACAAGCAGUGAUCAAUAAGUUUUUAAUGCAAAUGUAAAUGUUUAAUAUAAAAGUAAUGUCUAUGUUACUGACAUAAAUCUACAUGCUUGUAUUCUGUGUACCAGCUUUUAUUGUAUGUAUCUUCUUCUUGUCCAUAUAGUUUCUGAAAGCCCCGUGAGUGUUGAGAAUGAACACUGUUGCCAAAAUACUUAAAAGGGACAAGUUAAAGGUGGUGGGAAAGAGGGCGGCUGUGGAUCAGUUGAGCGGGUCGUCCAGUGACCGAAGGGUCGCCGGUUCGAACCCUGGCUCCGACUGUCCGUAUGUGGAAGUGUCCUUGGGCAAGACACCGAACCCUAAUUUGCUCCCAGUGAGCCUGGCAGCGCCUUGCACGGCAGCAGCCGCCCAGUGGUCAUCAGUGGAAUCAUUUCCUGAUAAAAUAUUUGAUUUUCAGUCGCGUUGGAAAUCUCUGGCACGAGGCCGAUUCAAUACAUACAGUGGGAACUGAAAGUAUUCAGACCCCCUUUCAAUUUUUCAGUUAUAUUGCAGCCAUUUGCUAAAAUCAAAGGGUCGGAAUACUUAUGGCUGUGUGAUAUUUCAUCCAUCCAUCCAUCCAUUUUCUGAGACGCUUCUCCUCACUAGGGUCGCGGGCUGUGAUAUUUCAGUUCUUUUUUUAAUAAAUCAGCAAAAAUAUCAACAAUUCAGUUUUUUUUUCUGUCAAUAUGGGGUGCUAUAUGUACAUUAAUGAGGGAAAAAAUUAAGGGAUUUUAGCAAAUGGCUGCAAUAUAACACAGAGUGAAAAAUUUAAGGGGGUCCGAAUACUUUCCGUACCCACUGUAUGUGUGUAUGUAUCGAUCAAAUAUAUGUAUAGAUCACAAAUUUGUUUCUGCAGAUGGCAUUGUGUGACAGAUGUGGACUGUCAUAAUGUCGGACGACCCAUAACGAAGGUCUCCUGUCCCGAAACUGAUCUGAUUUGAGCUUAUCUGAUCCAUAAAAGCUAGUUUGAAGCUGUCAUGAGUAGAAAUGUCUGCAUAUAUUUUGGUGAUGAUUGUUGACAGUUGUGGGACAUGAAGCCACGUUUCUUGGGUUCAUGCAUGAGGCUUGGCAGGAUGUGGUGCUCGCCCGGCGUGUUUGUGUCAUUUUAAUGAUGUCGUCCGCAUCCAUCCCAAUCCAUAAGUUUGCGUUUUUUAUUUUUUUUAUUUUUUUGAAGCACAUUAAAUUCGUGAUUGAACAUAAUUUCGGGGUACGAGCUGUUGUUCAUGUGAUGCAAUGAUAUAUGACAGCAAUGUAAGAUAUACAACGUAAUACCAGCUUGAACAAGGCGGUGUUUGGAAACUCAAGCAAUUUCCUGAAAAGUUGUCAUUUUGAAGGUGAGGGGAUUCCACCUGACAGCUGCGAUAUACAAAUAUGACCAAUUACUGCCACUUCAUAGUAUGGUACAUUCCUUUUCCCACACCAGCUAUGCCAGUGCUUUUCAAUUUUCAAUUUUGUUGAUGAAAAAGGGGUGUUCGAAAGGGAAUUAGUUAUUUACCAAUUGCUCCAAAAUGUAUUGAUAUUAUUGGAAAUGAGUGCCAGUUUCAUUUUCUUGAGCAUGCAUGCAUUUUGUCCAAUGUUUUAGUGAUGUCAAUAUCAAAUAAGUGAAUGAUUGAUUGAAAUAGACUGUAAAAAAAACUGACUUUUGGUUUUAAACUGUAACGUGAUCCUGAAUAAAGUACACUGCUUAAAACAGUGA